AUGACCACCAAUCCGUAUCUGGACGCAGGUCCUUAUUUCGUCUACGAGGGGACCCUGGACGGCGAGUGGAGGCCUCGAUCAUUCAGCUCAUCAGAGGAUCAGCCUCAGUACGUUCACCACCUCACCCCAAAGCCGGAGCCGCUGCCGCCCCCAGACAUGAGCCACUCCGUCCCACACCACAAAGGCAUAAAGCAGAGGUGCAUCAAGUUCUCUGUGGCCGCUGUCAUCAGCCUCCUCCUCCUCCUGCUGGUGGCUCUAAUCCUGCUUGGUUAUUACUUGUCGUCCACCUGUAUCCACGGGGUGGCCUGUGGUGACGGGAGCUGUGUGUGGGCGUCCCAGUGGUGUGAUGGGGUGCAGGACUGUCCAGGAGGCCAGGACGAAGCUUCCUGCGUGAGGUUGUAUGGUCCCAGUUUCCUCCUUCAGAUCUACUGCUCAGAAAGUAAAUCCUGGAGGACUGUCUGCUCUCAUGGCUGGACUGAGCAGCAGGGAAAACGUUCGCGCUUUCCGCUCCCAUUGGGCACAUAUUUUAAAUCUGACCAGCAGAAGACUGAAUCUAGAGAUGGAUUUCUAAAAGUGAAGCCUGGGUCCGGCCCUGACACGCCCAUCCUGAAGCAGCUGGUCCGCAGUGACUCCUGUCCAAACAACAGCGUGGUAACCCUGCGUUGCAUCGACUGUGGGAGUUUGGUGAACUCCAGCAGGGCCCUUGGCGUCCAGCCGGCCUCCCUCGAGACCAGUCCAUGGCAGGUCAGUCUCCAGGUUGAGGGCUCCCACCGCUGUGGAGGCGCUAUCAUCACCCCCUACUGGAUAGUCACAGCAGCACACUGUGUGGCUGGGGACUCCAACCCCGAGGACUGGACUGUGUAUGCUGGGAUUAUGGAUUCAUUAGGCACUCUCUUCAACCCUGCUCGCUCUGUGAGCCGCAUUGUGGUCCACAAGGACUACAGCAGCCUCACUUUGAGAAACGACAUUGCUCUGAUGAAGCUCUCCAACCCUUUGGAUUUUACCGCAUCUGGAAAUAUAGCACCUGUGUGCCUCCCAAAUGUUGAGCUGAACAUCAGUGUACCUCAGAGGUGCUGGACAUCAGGAUUUCAAAUCAUAGACUCUGGUUCUCUGCACUUGAAGGAGGCCGAGGUCUCCCUGGUAGACCGUGCUGACUGUAACACUUCCUAUAACGGCAGGAUAACAGAGGACAUGCUGUGUGCCGGGGCCACGGAGGCAGGCGUGGAUGUGUGUCAUGGUGACAGCGGCGGCCCUCUGGUGUCCCAGAAGGCCGGUGUAUGGUGGCUGAUAGGGGACAGUAGCUGGGGAGACCAGUGCACCGUGCGCAACAAACCAGGCGUCUAUGGCAACGUCACCUAUUUCCUGAGUUGGAUCUACCGUCACAUGAGGGUAGGAGUGAACAGCUGCUACAUUAUUCUAAAAACUUGUAUAACUCCAUUUGCUUCUACAGUAGCAUUACAUUUCUAUGUGACAAUAAAAGAUGCAUCCUGACU